CGCUCUGUGGGAGAUUUCUGAGAUCAGAAACGUGAGACAGGCUGGUCAGGCACUCACUCCCUGCAGGAAUGAAGCCGCCGGUUCUGAUCAGCUCAAAUCUGAUGGACCGUGUGGAGGCCCGGGUUCACUCCAGUGCUUCUGUUCUAAAGCUGGAGAACCGUAUCCUGGUGCAGGCUUCCUCUGUUCGAUCCGUGACCCCAGACUUAUCAUCUCCAACCUCCUCCAUCUCCUCCUCCUGUCCAGCACUCCAGCCAUCCUUUCUCUCCUCCACCCAGCUAAAGCAGGACCUCUUCCCUUUCCCCUCCGUCUCCUCCUCCAACCACUCUCCAUUCACAGCGUCCCCUGCUGGAGGAGGAUCUGCUGGAGGAGGAUCUGCUGGAGGAGGAUCUGCUAGAGGAGGAUCUGCUGGAGGAGGAUCUGCUGGAGGAGGAUCUGCUGGAGGAGGAUCUGCUGGAGGAGGAUCUGCUAGAGGAGGAUCUGCUGGAGGAGGAUCUGCUGGAGGAGGAUCUGCUGGAGGAGGAUCUGCUAGAGGAGGAUCUGCUGGAGGAGGAUCUGCUAGAGGAGGAUCUGCUGGAGGAGGAUCUGCUGGAGGAGGAUCUGCUGGAGGAGGAUCUGCUGGAGGAGGAUCUGCUGAUGGAGGAUCUGCUAGAGGAGGAUCUGCUGGAGCACAUUCUGCAGUAGAUGGUUCUGUUGCUGGGAUUUUCACUGGUUCUUCUGAAGAGAAAGAAUUAAAGUUUAAAUCUGAGCAGGUUCAUCGUUGCUACACUGAAAAUGUUUGCUCACAUACAGAAGAGCUGACUGAGGACGUGGAUCCUGAGGACCCCGCGGACCCCCAGUCACUGUCAGAGAGAGAGAUGAGAGUUUCUGAAGAAGAGAAGGAGUGGACGUGGACCAUCGAGCUCGCUGAAGAGUUUGGGGAGCUUGAAACAGACUCCAGUAAUGAAGAAGCCGAGCUGCUGAAGGAGAAGAAGUUUAAGCUGCUGAAUCUGGUCUGCUGCUCUCUGGUCAACAAGAGCUGCUCUCCUGGACAGAAGGGCUGGGAAGAGAAAAGAUCCGUGUGGAGAAAAAUCAGGAUCCUGGCUGAAGAAAUCACCCACAGUGAUCCAGAGUUUCUCCUGAAGGUGGCUGUCUACUCCAGGCAGGAACUGAACAAACACCUCAUGGCCAGUUACCUGAUAGCCCUGGCCGCCUACCUGCCUGCAUCCAAGCCACAUGUGAGAAGGUACUUUUGCGCUGCUGUACGGCUGCCGUCUGAUUGGCUGCAAGUGCCGAGAAUAUACAGCACGUGUUUCAGCUCAUCUCUGCCCACAUGUCUGAAAAAAGGCUUGGUGGACAAAUUCAAGCAGUUCAGUGAGAGUCAGCUGGCCAAGUACUGCACACGACGACGGAGGAAACACAAAGCUGCGAAUAACUCCCCUGAACUGUACAAGAAAUGGGCGGAGCUCCUCAGAUCCAACCCCUCCACCCUGCAGAGACAGUUGCAGAGGUGUGCUCCUGUAAAUGAGAAGCAGAGUGAGUUCACUAUGCAGAAUAUGAUAAAACGUCUCCAUAUCAAAGAGCCUGCAGAGUUGGUCAUGAGCAUCCUCGGGAAGAAAUACCCUGCUGAUGUAAAGGCGUUUAAGAACAGUGGUCUGAGUGGUGAUUGGCUGAGUGACUGCGCCGGUCAGAGAAUGAAACUUGAACAGCCGGACAGCUGGCAGACCACACUGAGCCGAGAGGGAAACACGGCCAAAACCUGGGAAAAGCUCAUAGACAGUAAAUCUCUGCCCUUUGUUGUGAUGCUGAAGAAUCUGAGGAACAUCAUCAGUCAGGGUAUCAGUGCUGAUCACCACCACAAAAUCCUGAAACGACUCAGAUCAGAGUCUGCUGUGAUCCAGAGUAAGCUCCUCCCCUUACGAUUCCUCUCUGCCUACAAAGCCAUUACAGAGCUCAAAAAGUCUGCUGAUGGAACAGGGAAGGUGGACAGUUCGAAGGCUGUGCUGUUGGGGAUUCUGAACAGGUUUAAGAGGAGCAAGUGUUUCCGGUACAUGGACUGGUCUUCGGAGCGCCGGCGGAGGCUGCGAGUGAUGAUGGGAGUGCCGUUCAUCUAUCGACUGCACAGCGCCAACCGCAGAUUUCUGCUGAGAGCAAGGCAGAGGAAGUUCAGUCAGGAGCUGCUGGAGGAUUACCUGCAGGCUCUGCUGAAAGCUGUGCAGAUUUCCUGCACCUACAACAUCCCUCUAAUACCUGGACACACCCUGAUCUGCAUUUCCCAUUUCAGUAGUGGAGUCAGCUGGUAUGAGCAUUUCUGUCCACCUGCAGAACCAUCAGAAGACCAGCAGGAGACCAGUUCAGCUGCUGGGUCUCAGCUGACCGCUGUGCCCCUGGCUGUGAUGUUGGGAUACGGCUGUGAGCGCUCACAAGUCCUGCUGACAAACAGCAUUGAAUGUCAGGAGGCGGAUCACUGGUCCGGCAGUCUUUUGGAUCGUGUGAGAGACACAGUGAAGCAGAUGGAGGGCGAUUGGACUGAUACAGAGGGGAAGCGCUACAGUGAUGUCUUCUCUAAGCUCUCUGAGGACAACGCAAAGCUGGAUAAUAUAAUCCUGAUGACUGAGGACUGGCAGGAGUCUGAGACUGAACUGGAGACUGAACUGGAGAAAUAUCGGAAGAAGUCCAGCAGUGAAGCUCUGGUGGUUAAUGUGAUGGACAAGCAGGAGAAGGAUGUGAGUGGUGAUCCUCACACUGUGGAUGUGUUUGGCCUCAGUAAUCAGAUGCUGAGGUUUGUUUCAGAGAGAGGAUCCUCCAGGCUGCUGGAUCAUGUGGAGCUCAUCCACACGCUGUAUGAUGUUCCUCCUCCAGCAGAGCUCAGAAAUAAACCUGAGAGAGCUGCAGACCUCGUUCCACUGCCCACCACACCAACGCUCAGGUGGCGUGAGGUACGUGUGUAUAUCUCUUCAGCGUGGCGGGACAUGGGCACUGAGAGGAAUGUUCUGGUGCAGAGUGUGUUUCCGGAGCUGCGUCGCCGUGCGGCUCCACACUGCCUCUACCUGCAGGAGGUGGAACUGCGCUCUGGGGUAACGGAGGAGGACCUGGCCCGGGCUGUGGAGCUCUGUCUGUCGGAGGUGGGCCGCAGUCAGCUGAUGCUGGGAAUACUGGGAGAGAGAUACGGGCCAGUGCUGCCUCGGCCUGCGCUGGAUAAUCUGCCUGAGGGAAGCUGGCUGGGCACCGACCCCUGCAGCCUGUCAAUCACAGAGAUGGAGAUUCGUCAGUUUCAGUCUGUGUAUCCCGACUCUGCUCAGAACCGCAUGUUCUUCUAUUUCAGAUCUCCACAGCUGCUCAGCUCAGUUCCUGUGGCAUGGAGAGCAGAUUUCACAGCUGAGUCGAGAGAAUCAGAGGAUAAACUGAAGGACUUGAAAGAAUGGAUCCGGAAAAACGAGUUCCGAGUAAUAGAAAAUUACCCGUGUGAGUGGUCCGGGGUGGUGGGCGGUCGGCCCGCUGUGGGAGGACUGGAGGAAAUGGCGAAGGCUGUGACGGAAGAUCUCUGGACAGCUUUACAGAAGCUCUUUGUGGAGGAAGUAGAUGAGGCUGAUCUUAUUAAACAGCAGGAAAUGCACCAGGAAGCACAGCGACGGCACUUCCACAGAAGGAGGAAGUUCAUUUCUGCUGCGAUGGGAAAGAUUCAAGAGUCUCAGCGAAAAGGAGGGAUUCUAUUGGUGGAGGGGAGUCCUGGUGCGGGCAAGACGGCUUUCAUGGCUGCUGUUGCUCACGCCCUCAAAUCUCCUGCGUGUGAUGUCAUUUCCUACUCCACAGCUGCUAGCCAAUCAGCUAGGAGCAUUAGCCACAUGUUGCGCUGUUUGGUCCAAAGUCUGAGGAAGAUGAAGGAAGUAGAGGAAGAGCUGGCUCCAAGUGUAUCCUACAGAGCCCUGCGGUCUGAGUUCCACCUGCGCUUGGCUGAUCUUGGAGAAGAUCCACUGCUGGUCUUGCUUGUUGAUGGAGCAGAUCUUGUACACGAUGCCAGAGGUCAGAUGGUUUCUGAUUGGAUACCAGAGAACAUUCCCAAGGGGGUGUGUCUGGUCCUGAGUGUCUCCACAGGUUCAGCUCUCUGUAACUCUCUCAGUAAGAGGAGGUGCUGUGUGUCAUUUCCGCUGGGACUAUUACCCAGGCCUGAGCGCUGGGACGUCCUGCUGAAGGAGCUGGGUGUGUGUGGAGGGGAACUGAGGGAUUCAGAGUCCAGCAAACAGAUGAUGGACAGUGUCCAGGCUCUUCCUCAGUCUCUGUGUGAGCUGGUUCAGCACACUCUGCUCAGGCUUCAGGCUCAGUUUGGGAUUGCAGGGCUGGACUGGACACUGGCUGCUCUAAGUGUCAGCUCCACUGGUUUGAGGGACAGAGAUCUGUACACUCUGCUGAACCUGUGCAGCGACCUGAGCUCCAUUCGGCGUCCCCCAACCUGGCAGGAAACGCUUCAUUUGGCCAAGAACCCAAAGAACAGAGUGCCCAUGAUGGUGCUCUGCCAGCUGGCAGUAACUUUGCGAAGGAUGAUCCAGCCGUCCUUUUCACACUCACCAGACGAGCCCCUCGCGAUGACCAAUGAGGAAGUCCGAUCAGCUUUCAUGCAGUUCUGUGGUUCUACAGAGGAGGAUCUGAACAGAGCUCAUUUAAUAAUAUCAGCUCACCUGUGGGUGCGAUCGGACCCUCACGAGAACAACACCUUCAUUCACUGUGACGCAGAAGCUCUGAAUUACCUGCUAACUCACCUGAUGAAGUGUGGACAGUGGGAGCAGGUGCAUUUCCUGCUCUCCAGUUACUACUUCCUGUAUGCUAAUGUUCGACAUGGACUCCUGCACCCCCUGCUGGAGAGCUAUACUCUGUUGUUAAAGAGAGACAAAGUUGACAGGUGCUUGACGGAAACAUCAGAUGAUGUUUGGCAGUGUGAAGAUUUCCUGAAGCACCACGCCCCCCUCCUCUCCCAUUGGCCGGCUCUGUUUGUGCAGCAGGCUCUAAACGAGGCAGAUGACUCCCCCGCCCGAGUCUGGGCUGAGAGGAUCGUCCUGCAGGGAGGAGUGAGGGCACUGAAGAGGCUGAAUAAAACCGGACCCUCAGAGCAGCAGGACGGUGAGCUGGUGUCCAGGUUGCCCUGGGCUCCGUCCUGUGUGGCUGUGAGUCCAGGGGGCGUGUUUUUAGUGGUGGGGACUGAGAAAGGCAUUCUGCACAUUUUCCUUUUAGACACUAAACAGGAAGUGAGGUCACUGGUCAGCACCUGUGAUGGUAUCUCUGGCUGCAUCUUCCUGGAGGAGAGUGUGGUGUGCAUCACUUCAUACAGCGGUCAGGUGGAGGUGUGGGAUUUUCAGUCUGGCUGCAGAACGGCCCGUCUGAAUGUCCACUCCAGGAAAAUCACAGGAUGUGAUGUCAGCUCAGACAGGAAGCUCUUUGCCACCGUCUCGCUGGACUUCAGUCUGAAGGUCUGGUCGUCCCGAGGGCUUCAGCAGGUGGCUUUUCUCCUUCAGCCAUCUCCUCCAAACUGUGUGACCUUUGACCCCGCGGGGAUACUGGUGGCUGUGGGCUGCUGGGACGGAGCGGUGCGAGUGUGGAAGUGGAUCGAUAAGCAGGAGCACAAGACUCUGAUUGGUCACGGCUCCUCUGUGCGCUGUGUGCGGUUCUGCAGCUCGUCGUAUUUGCUGUGUUCGGGUAGUUUGGACGGAGAGGUGCGGCUGUGGUCACUUCCUGCAGAGAACUGUAUGUGGCGCCGUCAGGCUCACUGCGGUUCUGUGGAGGCUCUCAGUUUUCUGGCUGAUGAAGAGAUCAUGCUGAGCGCUGGGCGUGACGGCACGGUUCACUUGUGGUCAGCUGGUUUUGGGCGCUCUGCUUCUGUCCCCAGAGAGCAAAAGGUGGAUACUGGUUUUCUUCGCUGUCCCGGUGGAGCAGUCCGAGCCCUGGCGUGUGGACGUAGCGGAUGUGUUUUCUCAGUGUCUGCUGAUCGCUCUGUGAGAGCCUGGAGCCUCUCUACAGGUACAGUGCAUCCUCCUGAACAGAGGGAGUCUCUGAGUGCAGUCUGCUUCCUGGAGAAGGGGAAGCUGCUGGUGUGUGGAUUCAGCUCAGGCAGAUUGGAGUUAUGGCAUCAAAAUAAGCUGAUUUAUUCUGAUAAGGUUAGUGAUGGUGGGAUUGGAGCGGUGACCGGUAUGCCGGAUAAGCAGCUGGCUGUGAGCUGCAGUGAUCGCUCAGUGACCGUGUGGAAGCUGGAGCUAGACUCUGAGCUCUGCACUGCAGGUGUGUUUAAGGUGUCGUCGUACACGCUGGAUAUUCCUGCAGCUCACCUGCUCUACAGUAACGUCCUGCUGGCCGUGUGCCGAGAGGCCAGCAUUGUUGACGUCUUCUCUACAGCCGGAGACAACAGACAAUGCCUUAACACCUGGUUUAAUAAUAUACAGCCUCUGGGAGUGGUGAAGAAAGAUGCCAAGAGCUUUUGGAUUGUAGGAGAAAGUAAAUCUGAACUCCAGCUCAUCUUUGUUCUCUCUGUAGUUUCUGGUAGCUGCUGGUAUUCUGAUUUCUGCAACAUUAAUCUGGGCUGGGAGAAAGAAGGAUCCCGAGAAGAGCAUCAUGAGGAAAAGCGUGAGGAACAGUCCGAGGAGCAUCAUGAGGAAAAGCGUGAGGAACAGUCCGAGGAGCAUCACGAGGGAAAGCGUGAGGAACAGUCCGAGGAGCAUCAUGAGGAAAAGCGUGGGGAACAGUCAGAGGAGCAUCAUGAGGAAAAGCGUGAGGAACAGUCCGAGGAGCAUCAUGAGGAAAAGCGUGGGGAACAGUCCAAAGAGCAUCAUGAGGAAAAGCGUGAGGAACAGUCAGAGGAGCAUCUUGAGGAAAAGCGUGAGGAACAGUCCAAGGAGCAUCACGAGGGAAAGCGUGACGAACAGUCCGAGGAGCAUCAUGAGGAAAAGCGUGAGGAACAGUCCGAGGGGCAUCAUGAGGAAAAGUGUGAGGAACAGUCCGAGGAAUAUAAACAGAGGAAAGUUUGGGUUACAGCAGCUACCAUACAUGAAGGCUUUAUCGUGUGUGGAGACGCCAAGGGGUACAUGUGGACCAACCAGCCGCCGAGCAUGACCAGCUGGACCAAGAAAAGACGAGCUCACAGUGACCGGGUCAGCGUGCUUCGCCUCACAGAUAAAGCCAUUAUCUCCGCCUCUUCUGAUGGGACGAUCAAACUGUGGGACAGAAACACAAACAAACAGGUGGGUCUGUUUGUAUGUGGAGCUCCGGUGGAGAUACUGGAAAUAAACGAGGAUGAUCCCAGUCAGCUGGUGUGUGGAGAUGCCCUGGGGCAGGUCUACUUCCUGUCCUGGCUGGGAUAAUUCUCCUCUACGACCUUCCGUUCAGACAGCAGAUCUACUGAAAACACGUUAAUCUGGACAGUGCACCAAUAAUACAACCAUAGGCUUGAUUAAUUUAUUGUAUUUAAUAAAUAAAGUGAAAUUGAUUAUUAUUUAUAAUUAGGGUUGUCAACAUUAAAGCGUUAACACACAAUUAAUUUGGAUCAGUAACACAUUAUUAUGUUUUUCACGCAAAUUAAAUUGGUCCAGUGGGCUAAGUGUUGCCACUGUGAUCUGGAGAUCGUUGGUUCGAAUCCUGAUUAUGUAGCUUGCCAUCGGCUGCCGGAGCCCCAAAAGAGCACAGUUGGUCUUGCUCUCUCUCUGGAUGGGUACAGUACAGUAGAUGGCGCUCUUUGCCCUCAUCACUCCUAGGGUGAUGUGGAUCAGCACAAGGAUGCGUCUGUGAGCUGAAGUAUCAAAACCGAGUCGCUGCGCUUUCCAUCGUUAGCGCUGUGAUGCUACUCGGUAAUGCUGCAUCAGCAGCAGCUCGAAAAGAGGCGGAGUCUGACUUCACGUGUCGGAGUAGGCAUGUGCUAGUCUUCACCCUCCUGGUGUUGGGGCAUCACUAGCGAUAGCAGGAGUCCUAGUGAGUGGGUUGGGUAAUUGGCCGUGUAAAUUGGGGAGAAAAUAAGAUAAAAUAAAUAAAUAAAUAAUUACACCACCAAGUUUGACCCCAACUUCUACUGUAAUAUGCCCCAUCCCCACCCAAUAUGUGGAUUUUAUCCUUGGUCAUAGUAUUAGAUUUCAUUAAAGGGCUCUUAAAGGGACAGUGUACACAUUACUGAUUACUGGCCAUUACAUAUUUCCCCCAGGCCAUUUAAAUGGUCACCCUCCUCCACAUUGUGAGCAUGUGUGCAAUACCAAACACUUCCUGAGAUUUUUAUACUCAGCAAAUUAAGUUCUAAAUCAGAAAUCCUUACAACCAAGCUGAGAUGUUUACAAUAAAGUAAAAAGUUUCCUCUA